AUGGGUGUGGACGGUGUGGUGAAUCUAUACAAGGACGAGCUUGUGUCACGUGGCGGAUGCUUUUACCGGAGGCGAAAACGGAAGCCGAGACCCGAGGAGCAGUUGCCGAAAGGGUGUCUCCCCGGAGAAAAACUGUCUCUGGCCGAAGCUUUGGCAAGGAUUGAUCCUUGUCAUCUCGCGGCUUUCCUCGCCAACGCACCGGAAUGUCCUCCGGGAUUUGUAGUCUUCGACUUGGUAGAUUACUUUAGCAGUGCACUCACCGGAGUAUCAUCUGUGGAAUAUCAGUAUCCAUGGCCCAACAUGAACAAUCUGAGGGAUGUCAUCGAUCUUCCGUUUCGUCAUGUUCCUGAACCUGUCUUCGAAGCAGCAGAAGAUUGGAUCGAGAAAGUUGAACUAAAGGAAGUCACUAACUUUGUACUGUGGUCGUUUUGUUGGAUUCACGAUCGUGUGGUUGGAAUAACUGCUGAGCCUUACUCUGAAGGAUAUUAUCAUUUAGAGCGCUCACCGGAAAUGCUUCCGUUUACAGUGUGGAUGAUGGCACAGGUCGCUCAAGUCGAUUUAUGGUCAGGCUUGCAUUCAUGGGCGAGUAACUUGUUACCGCUAGUUCGUGACAAGUUAAAAGACAACCCUCGGUCAAUAAAUCUCAUCUUGCAGCUGGUUGAGCAUGUUUGUUUGGAGCCAGGGGCUCUGGAGACGAUUUUAGAAGAUGUUGAUGAGGAUGAGAGACUGUUUCCAAUUCCUUCGUUUGAGAUCUUGCUACCGCUUACAUUCCCUGCUUCAUUCGAGAGAGUAAAGGUUACAAAGCGGUUUGAGGCAGUUUAUCCCUUGCUGAAGGAAGUGGCUCUUGCCGAUGCCGAUGCAGCAGGAAUCGAGGGAUUGAAAAAAGUCACUCAAAUGUUCGACGUUUCUUUAAAACUUGCUGAGCAAGGAAACCCUGUUUUAGCCAAGGAAGCUACAGCAAUCGCUAUUUGGUGUGUGACCAAGAACACACAGGAUACAGAGAGGUUUGAGGCAUUUUAUCCCUCGUUGAGGAAAGUGGCUCUUUCCGAUGCACUAGGAGUGGAGGAAAUGAUACAAAUCACUCCGCAUAUCUUCGCUUCUUCUUUCAAAUUUGCUGCGGAAGAAAAUCCUGUGUUAGCCAAGGAAGCUACAGCAAUCGCUAUUUUGUGUCUGACCAAGAACGUUUAUUAUUGCUGCAAUCGUUGGGACAAAGUCUGUAUGGAUAAUCCAAAAGCUAGCGUUGCUCUUCUUAAAAAGCUUGUAGACGAAUGGGAAGAUCAUUCCCUCAAACCAUCAUCAUCAGAAACUCGCAUUCUCAAUCUAACUAUGAAGAGCUUUGUGGUAAAGGCCAUGGAAAAAGUGACUUUGCCCAAAGCUUUUGCAAAGAUUGAUCCUUCAGAUCUUGCGCGUUCCCUGGCCGGUUCGAUUCCUUCAUCUGUUGAAGAACUUAUCUCCAAAUUAGUAGAUUACUUUGGGAGACCACUCUCCCGAGUAAUUUUGGAAUAUAAAUAUCCAUGGUCCGAGAUGAAGUAUCUGGGUCAGCUCAUCGAUUUUCCGUUUCGUCAUAUUCCUGGCCCAAUCUACAACAUAGCAGCCGAUUGGAUCGACAAAGCUGAAGAUAAGACACUCUGUAACUUUGUAAUCUGGUCGUUUGAUUGGACUCGCGAUCGUUUGGCAGGAGAAACUACUGAUCUUCACUCUGAAGUCUCCCAAGUUGAUUUAUGUACAGGCUUGCAUUCAUGGGCGUGGAACUUGUUACCGCUAGUUUGUGACAAGUUCAAAUGCCACACUCGGUCAAUGAAUCUCAUCAUGCAGUUGAUGAAGAAUGUUUUGUCGCAUCGAAUGUCUCGGGACAUAUUUUUAACAAAUGCUGCUAGGCCUGGGGUACCGCGACUGUUUCCAAUUACUUCAUUUGAGAUGUUGCUACCGCUAACAUUCCCUGCUUCAUUCGAGAGAGUAAAUGAGGAUACAGAGAGGUUUCAGGCAGUUUAUCCCUUGUUGAAGGAAGUUGCUCUUGCCGAUGCACCAGGAAUCGAGGAAAUGAAACAAGUCACUCAAUUUAUAUUCGAUUUUUCUUUGAAGUUUGCUGAGCAAGGAAACGCUGAUUUAGCCAAGGAAGCUACUUCAAUCGCUGUUUGGUGUGUGACCAAGAACGUUGAUUGCUGCGAUCACUGGGAGAGAGUCUAUAUGGAAAAUCCAAAAGCUAGUGUUGCUCUUCUUAAAAAGCUUGUAGACGAAUGGAAAGAUCAUUCCCUCAAACUAACGUCAUCACGUAGAGAUACUCGCGUUCUCAAUCUAACUAUGAAACUCUUCAUGCUAAAGAACGAAAGAGGCAUCACUGGAGGAGGAGGAGCCAAGUGUUCUAUUUACAAAGAAGCUGACAAGUACUGCAAAGAGAUUUCAAGGAGACUAUCCCGUGGAAUUAGCUUCCUCAAAGGUUGUGGAGCCAUUAGUGUUGUUGUGAUUCUAGUUGCUGUACUGCUCCAGUGGUUCUAUCUUACGUCAAUGCGAGUUGUGUCGGAAUAA